AUUUUCUACUGAUGAUUCAUCAUCCUUUGAUGUCAUCCGGGAGACGUUGCUUUGUUCCCAUGCCAGCUCAACAACCAUAACAAAGAAACAUUCCUGUAGUCAAUAUUAAACAGUUAGGUGUUAUAAUUUAUAUCUAUACUAUAGCUCGUUGCUACUACUAGUAGUACUAGUUGUAAGACUAUAUUUUGGUGCUGUGAAAUCUACAAGACAGGAAAGGAAUCAUGGAAGACAGUCCCUGUUCUGACCUGAAUCUGUUUGAGGGCAUGGAUGGAUUUGAGAAGUUUGACCCUCUUGAUGACUCCUCACUACUAGCUAUACUGGAUGAUCUAGAGGAAGGAACACUCCUCUCUCUGCUAGGAAACGAAACUCUGGUCAGUGAUGUCGCCGGUGAAAUGAGGAUUGACGACAAAAUCGAUGAUUUUCCUCUGAUGGUGGAAACAAGAGAGCAACCACAAUGUAGUCCCUUCACCUCCAGUGAUGUACUGUCACAUGACAUUUUGGACAAUGCAUCGUCUAACUCACCAGCACAGAUUGAGACAGUCACUGUAUUACGAAAACGAUCGAAUAAAGACUCUUCGAAAAGCCCUCUAAAGCGUGCCAGACUGAACACAGAUCAACUGCUCUCGUGUGUGCGGCAUGACCACUCUUAUGCUACCGUCUCCCAUCAUGUGACUGAGGGGGGCGUGGCCAAGCAGCUGAGAACACUAGUCGGCAGUAGCAGCAGUGAUGAGGAAGGUAGCCUAUCAGAUGCAGGAUAUGAUACAAUGUCUUCCUCAACAUCGCCUGGUAACAACAGUACAGUGUCCUCCUCUCCUCCUGUACCCACGGCUGGUUCCUCUGGACUCCCUCUGACGGCUAAAGCUGACCCAGCAGCUUUCAUUGAUGCCAGGAUACAGCAUUUCAUGUGUCGUUGUGAGGUGAACUUGACUGAGGAAGAGAAGGAAACACUCAAGGCAGAGGGACUACCCAUACCCACCACACUGCCACUCACCAAGACAGAGGAGAAAGCAUUGCGUGGAGUUCGCAGAAAACUUAGAAACAAGAUGGCAGCCCAAGAGAGUAGGAAGAGAAAGAAAGAGCAUCUCUCUCUGUUGGAAGAUAAGUGCAAGCAAUACGUUGGAGAGAACCACCAUCUCAAUAAGAAAGUGGAAGCCCUAGAGACUGAGAACAAAACCUUGAAAGCUGAGAUCAACAAACUGCAGAAGCUUCUUGGCACACAGGGAAACACUGGGAAGACCACUCGAGUUGGAGCUUGUCUAAUGGUGAUUGUUCUCUGCUUUGCCGUGUUCUUUGGCAGCCUCACCCCUCACAACCUGUGGUCUCGUCCCAGUGCUGCCUACUCCACCUCCUCUGUUCGAUCGCGAUCGCUCCUCUCUCUGGAUGAAACCUCCACUCUCCAAACCCUCGCUAGUACGUGGCUCAGGGACAUCUUCAUACCCCAGACGUCCACUCAAGAGGAGUACACUGCCCCCCUCCCACUCAGCAUGUCUGAAGACCACCCUCCACUACUGCACGGGCCGUUAAGCUAUUAUCAGCAUGUCUACCACCAAUUCUCUGGACUAUUGAACGUCACUAUACCCCCACGUAGUUGUAGCUCAGAAAAUGUCUCUAAUUUUAACUGCUUCUAGUGUCAGAAUUAAUUAUUUAUGUGUUAUAAUUAUACAUGUGUAUCUGUGUGCAUUAAUUAAGAUUUAGUUAUACAAA